GCCUCAAACCAUUCUUCACACACUCAUCUAAUUAAUCAUCACCAUGGCUGCUAUCUCCAAGAAAAUCCUCCCUCUUCUUUACAUAGCAACCAUCUUCCUCUUGCUCCUCAACAAAGCCCAUUCACUAGAUUCCCUUUCCUUCAGCUACAACAACUUUGAACAAGACGAUGAAAGAAACCUAAUCUUGCAAGGUGAUGCAAAGUUUUCAGCAAGCAAGGGAAUCCAACUCACCAAGGUAGACGAUAACGGAACCCCUGCAAAGAGCACCGUGGGUCGAGUCUUGCACUCCACCCAGGUGCGCCUCUGGGAGAAGAGCACCAACCGGCUCUCAAAUUUCCAAGCACAGUUCAGCUUCGUCAUCAAGUCGCCCAUUGACAAUGGUGCCGAUGGCAUAGCCUUCUUCAUCGCCGCACCGGAUAGCGAAAUUCCAAAGAACUCGGCCGGAGGGACCUUAGGGCUCUUUGACCCUCAAACUGCCCAGAACCCUUCGGCCAACCAAGUUCUUGCCGUUGAAUUCGACACCUUCUAUGCUCAAGACUCCAAUGGUUGGGACCCCAAUUACCAACACAUCGGAAUUGAUGUGAACUCUAUUAAAUCCGCAGCAACCACCAAGUGGGAGAGGAGAGAUGGCCAAACCCUAAAUGUUCUGGUAACUUAUGAUGCUAACUCUAAAAACCUACAAGUGACUGCUAGCUACCCUGAUGGUCAAAGUUAUCAGGUAUCUUAUGUGGUUGACUUGAGAGACUAUCUUCCAGAAUGGGGUAGGGUUGGAUUCUCAGCUGCUUCGGGACAACAAUACCAAUCUCAUGAGCUUCAAUCUUGGUCCUUCACCUCAACCUUGUUGUACACUUCACCCCACUACCUUAAACUUGGACGCUUCAUGAUAUGAUAUGGAACAAUAAUGGUCUCUAUAUCGCAAAUCUCCCUUUCAUGCAUGUAAGAUAUGGAAAUAAUAGGACAAGUAUUGUCCAUGAUCUAAGUUUUUAUUUCGUAAUGUUAAAGCCACGCGCGUCAACUUUCUUUUGUAUGAAUAAUGUAUGAGUUUGUUAUCUUCUUAUUACAAGUGUUGUCAUCUUUACAUUA